ACGGAUAUCGGUCUCUGUCAUGUGAUCGCGUUAUAUCCGACGUACGUUUUGAGAUGAAAGAAUAGUUUCGCACGUAAGCAAGUGAGAAGGACUUGGUGUGUUGGGGUGAGUAGCAGAAGAUAAUGCCAAGAUAUGAAUACAGUUUAGUCAGCAGGGUGGGGGCAUUCCAUGAAUCGUGACGAAAAUGGUUGCUGCUUAGGUCGCAGAUAAAAUUUACUCGCGCUCGUUUUAGUUUAUUUCUUUGGUUUUGUUAUUGUUUAAGUAAGGUGUAAAUUUGGUGAUUGUGAUAGUGAUGGCUCACGGAUUAAAUUCGGUACUAAAACGAGGACCUGGCGCUAUAGGAUCCUCAAAAAGUGAGGGUAAAAGCGGAAUAGGCUCGAGGCGAAUCUUUGCGCCUCAUUUUAAAUUGCAAGUUUUGGACUCGUAUAGACACGAUGCCGACUGUAAGGGUAAUCAGCGGGCGACAGCGCGAAAAUACGGUAUUCAUCGUCGUCAAAUUCAAAAGUGGCUGCAGUGCGAAAACAACUUACGCAACAGCGUGGGCAAAAGUAAAGUGGUUAGUGCUGCUCCCGAGGCUAGAAAAUGCGGGGCAGAGCUGUCCUUGAGGAGUGGCCAACACAGACAGCGGGACGACUUGUGUAACGAUGUGUAUUCUCAGAGUCCAAGCGUUGAAAUACAUGUUCACUGCCAGGACGCGUAUUCUCAAAGUGUGACUAAUUCCGAUGUGAUAAAUGCGAAUGACGCGUAUGACUUACCAACCGAGUUGGGAUCGGAAGCGCGCGUACCAUCUCUAAUUUUAGCUCCCUUAGAUUACACAACUCACUCGAGAAGUCAAAGCGUAAGCCCUAUCGAUUCCGGAAGUCCGAUAGAUUUAUCGCUAAAACGGCCAAUUUCCUUAAUGGAAGUCAGCGCACCUGUAUGCUGUCCUCUUUCCCCCCAAGCUUCUCGCAUUCCAUCGCCUUCUUGUCUUGUACCAUUCAUUCAACCUCAUCCGGAUAUUUGGGAUUUAUCUACAAGAAAUGAAGUGGAAAAUACAACAGACGUUCGCUUCCCACCACAUGUGGAAUCUCCGCCUAUAGAAAAUCCGCCUAAACCUGUUAAGUUAUUUAAACCAUAUCUGGACGAUUUAAGGGAUGAAGCUGAAGACAUAAAGGCUGAACCAAAUAUUCAACCUUGUUGCAACAGGUUUGUAUCGAGCCUUCCCGAAAGUGAACCAACUUUCUGUAAUAACAAUUACAUUACACCUGACUACACGUACAGCUUAUACGAAUUGCAGCCAAAAAAUACGAUUAAUUAUUACUACACAAUAAAUAAGAAUUACCUCUACUCGCCGGAAUGUGAGAAUUUACCGUUUUGUGCGGCGUACGAAAACACAGUUAUGCUUCCACAGCAUUCGCCCCCAUUAAAACAAAGGCAAAGUUAUAGUGUGGACUUCAAACUAAGUGCGAUCGAGUGCUACUAUCAGGACACAAUUUGUCGUGGUAACCAGCGAGCGGUUGCCAAUAAAUACAACAUACAUCGACGACAAGUACAGAAAUGGUUAAAACAAGAAGAUGAACUUCGUAAUCGUAAUGACUUCGCGCGAAAUGUUCACAUCGUGAGGUAAAAAAUCCUGCCAUCGUUGAGUUGGCCAGAGUAACGUUUUAUGUAAAUUCUCCCAGUGUAACGUUCCCAGUGAUAAGCUAACACUGCCAACUCGAUGCUUUUAGAGUGUAAAGCCGAAAGAGUCUAUUAGGUUUCUAGAUGUUAUUCUCAUGGCAAUAUUAGUUUUAAUAAUUAAAAAAAGGUAACCGACAUAUCUGUAACCGCCUCAUUAUAGAAUUAAG